GGUUAAUAUGUGGGGUAAUGUUAUGAAACCUGAUGAAACGUUCACUUGUAUUAAUCCUGAUGCUGAUUCUGCUUCAUACCACACCAAUGUAACAUUAUGGUCAUUACUAUCAGCAGGAUGGUUACCAUGCAUGCUAUGGGGUAUUGGUACAGCUAUUGGCGAGCUACCACCUUAUGCUACUUCGUAUGCGGCACGUAAGGCAGGGCUCGAGGAUGAGGACUUUAAUGAGGCUUUUGGGGUUGUGGAUUCUGCUGCUACUUGUAACAACAACAACAACUCUGCUGAUGUUGUUGUUGAUUGGAUGAAGAACUGGAUGAUACAAUUCCUCGAAAAACAUGGUUUUUGGGGAGUUCUGCUUAUGUCGGCGUGGCCCAAUGCUAUGUUCGAUCUCUGUGGUCUAUGUUGUGGCCAUUUCCUUAUGCCUUUUUGGACAUUCUUCUCAGCAGUAUUCCUUGGGAAGGCUGUUAUCAAGGUAAUAAUAACAACAAUCACAAUCAUCAUCAUGGUCGUCAUCAUGGUCAUCACUGCCACUUAG